UCUCAGUCUACGACCACAUCAGCAAAGGAGACUCCAUCAUAUCUGGCGGAAAGGAUGUCUCACGUUCGGCGGAGGAGGCAGGAGCGCAGAAUGAUGGAAGGGAAGAUUCCAAGGUCACGGAUCAUCACCUGGGAGCCAACUGAGGAGUUUGUGAGGAAUAAUCAUGUCUUGAAUAAUCCUGUGCAAACCAUGUAUAUUAUGGGAGACUUGGGGCCAUAUGGAAAGCUGGGUAAGCGUGAGGAUGAGUAUGUAUUGUGCACCAUUAAAAUGGACAACAAUGGAGUUCUCUCCAUAAAACCUGACUUCAGUGGCUCCAAACCGGCCUACAGAAUUGAGACUGAAGGAGAGAAGAAAGAUCUAUGGCUGUACACAAUUAAUAACGCAUCUGUCACAGUCCAGAAGGAAGAUCAGGAAAGGGAGAAACAUCUCUUCAAAGAUCUGUACAACAGACACAAGGAUUACCUUCAUAGUUUGGUUGGAGAAGAAUUUGAAACACCUCCCCUUGGUACUCUACAGCUGUUUGUGAAUGGAGAAAUUGUGUCAGCUCAGGGUUUCGAAUAUGAUAAUCUGUAUGUACAGUUCCUCCUUGAACUUCCAGACAAUUGGUUCUGCUCUUCAAGGCAGCAGUUGUCUGGAGUGACACAGACCUGCUGUACCAAGGUCGCGGGCCGGGAGAAUGUGGCCUAUUUUUCAUAUCCAUUCGACUUUGAAAUGACAUUAAAAAGUGAAGAUCAACCUGAGGGUUGCCUUCCACAAUGGCCUGUGCUUUACUUUGGGGUUCAUUCUUCUGAUUUCUGGCAAAGACAUCGCAUUGAGGGAUACGGUUAUAUCAGAAUCCCAGACAGUCCUGGUAGCUACACACUCACAUGUCAGACCUGGAGACCCAUUGUCCCUGGAACUGUGGCAGAAAUGCGGAGAUUUUUUGUUGGUGGCUUCCUCGAACUGGAAGAUAUGACAUACAUCCGUACCCCAAGCACAUUCAAGGGAGAGAGAUUGAGUCGAUUUGGUUUCAGAACCGAAACAACAGGAACUGUUACCAUGAGGUUUAAUUGCAUGCAGCAGUGCAGGUCUUUCCUUGAUUCAAGCAUGGCAAGGAAGAAAUCACAAAGUGUUCUGGAGCGUAUGGGUGGACUUUCACAUCAGGCUUCCCUCCAAUCUGUUAUAGAGGCGUUUGGUCGAGCGCAGCAACGUAUGCAUGAAGCACAAGAGAGCCUUUCAAAAGACCUGCUGCGUGCAUCUACAUUUCUGGAAUCAAAGUCAGUGGCAUAAUAAAUCAACAUCAGUUGCAAUGGACUGUGAUAUUACAGGCUGAGAAGUAAAACUGACUCAUUCAGAAGACAGCAAAAUUGGAGAAACAACCCUGGGAGCAUGUAUUCUAUUUAAUUAGCGUUGUAAUACUUUGUUGUUCUUUUGGCUUUUCCGUGGUCAAACUUUGAGCUUGCAUAUAUUUAAGUAACACAGUGAAUGAAGUAAUGCCUCACUGAGACAAUUGUAGAAUCAUAAAAUCGAAAGUUUCUCAGCCAACUGAUGCUUGUACUGUUCAGAGUCACUUAGAAAUUUUGAUAAAUAAGGACGACAGGUUUGAACCAAAAUAGAAUAUUCGUUAAUUCCUGACAGCAAUGUUCAAUGCUUAUUGAAGAAUUUUUUUUUUCCACGGCCUUGGAUUAGACACUAUCCUGUAUAUAUUUGGCUACCUAUAGCUGCACAAACCAGAAGCUUUGAUUCCUGUUUUUUGCUGAAGUAGGUGAUCUCAUAGCAGCAACAAGGACACUACAAAUGGCAAAGCAACUUGAAUGAAGAAAAUUCAGAUGGCUCCCCCUUCAUAUUGCAGUCCAAGAUCUUUUUGUGAAUGUCUACGCACAUUUGAAUGUUGGGUAAACAUUGGAUUUUCCUUGAUUGUGAUGCUUUCUGUGGUACAGGUAAAGUUGUCAUUAUCCCAGACAACAAUUGGGCUACCCUCAUCAGAGACGACUGGUAGUGAAUUUAAUCUGAGAAUUAGCACGACAAGGUGAGGAACACAGUUGAGAAGUCAGGACCUUCAUGGUAACCUCAGCUGGUGCGGAAAAUGAAUCUGCACUGUUGGUGUCGCUCAGUAUCACAAAACAGCCAUUUAGCUGGCUGAGCUAAUGGCCCCCUGUGGUAUAAAGGCCACAUUUGACGCUCAUAUCUGAAGAAUGGUGAGUUCAGAAGGAUGAUGGAACACUGUUGGCUGCUGGCAAGAGAGGAGAGUGAUUAAUUUACAAUGAGCUGUCUAGAGCAAAAAAUCUAAUCAGAAUGCAUAUCCAUCAUGUCAGUUCAUUUUUUGCAUUUAAAUUGUAGGACACCCUUAUGUUUGGACGAGUUGAUGACUUAUAGUAUGUCCGUUUGAACCAUGACAGCUGUACGAUUAACAACUAAGAAAUGUUUAAACCCAUGAAAGACUUAGAGAAUCAGACAAGGUGAAAAAUUCAUAAUUUUACAGGAUGCAGUAUUACUUGAUCACUUAAUUUGCCAAGUAUUUCUUGAACUUUCUGACAACAUCAAUAUAUUGUGCUGAAUGAGAAGUGUUUCUUCCAACUUGUGGAUGAGAACCUUUAGAAAUGCAAUCAAGGGACAUAAUCGGUAUAGGCAAAAUCCCCUGAGAAGCUUAUAUCGUAAGAUAUAUUUAGACCUUUAUUGUUAGCAUGAAUAUAUGUAGACUGUUGCAUAUUUCUCAUUUGAGUAUAGAAAAUAAGUUGUACCUGCAGUACUAAAACUUGUUAUAGACCUGGAACUGAAAGUAGGUCCUUAACUAUACAAGAGUUCAAUAACAAUAAAU